AAAAAAUCACAUAUGAAAAGAAAACAUAAUCAAUUUCUCAUAUAAAGUUAUUAUUUCAAACAAAUUGCUCAGCUCAAUUCGGCGCUGGUAAUACUAGGUUGUGUAGCUCAUUUGAUCGAAAGCGCCCCCUGUCAUGUCGAAUACAUCGUUUGUUUGUCAUUAUGUUUUGAUUGUUUUCAUAUAAGAACACACAAAAUAAAUUCAAUCUUUGUACAAUACGGAAAAUAAGCAAUCAAGUAAUCGAUUCUAAAUAUUUCGUGAAUAAAUUUUGUUAAUAAUAUUUUGUUAAAGAUUUAUUACAAAAAGUGACUAAUAAUAAAAACAACGAAUAAAAUGGAUUACGAAGAAGCACCCGUGGAACCAAGCUCAAUUGAACGCAAGGAGAGUGGUAAACGUGGAAGAAAACCAGGCCGUAAAGCAUCAAGUGAAAAAAUUGACAUGAAAGCCAAACUCGAACGUAGUCGUCAAAGCGCCCGGGAAUGCCGAGCUCGUAAGAAGUUGCGCUACCAAUAUUUGGAAGAACUUGUCACUGAUAGAGAAAAGGCCGUACUUAGUCUUCGUGUGGAACUUGAAAAGUAUCGACAAUUUGCUCAUGAGCUUGACGCAGGACGUUUUCCAGAAGGAAUGAAAGAAGUCUUAGAUGAAGUUGGCGUAAUGAAGCAAGAAUAACAUCGUUAAUACCAAACCAAUAUUUUUCUCAAUAAUUUGUUAAUUUGUUAUUUGCUUCAUCUUCAAUCCACUCAAAGUGGACCCUUUUUUAUUUUGUUCUUUACGAAUUUUUGAAUUUGUUUGAGUUUUGUUUAAUUUUUUUUUUGUGAGAAAUUUUUUUGAAUUUUGUUUAAGGUUUGUGAAUCUUUUUGAAUUAUAGUAAGACACGAGAGUGCACUCA